CAUCUCCAUCACCCACCCUCUCCGCUCACAAUUCCAUCCAUCAUCUGCUGAGGGAGCAGCAGUCUACACAACCAGCAUCCCGAGCAUCAUCACAAUGUUCAGAACCGCGCUCCGGUCGAGCGCUCGCGCGGCCGGUUCCAUCUCCGCCAGCAGCAGAUUUGCAGCCCAACGCACCACUCCCGCCGUCGUCAACGCCUUCGCUCGUGGCUAUGCCUCCGAAACCAAGGCCCAGCCCACCGAGGUGUCCUCCAUCUUGGAACAGAGAAUCCGUGGCGUUCAGGAGGAGACGAGUCUCGCCGAGACUGGCCGCGUCCUUACUGUCGGUGAUGGUAUUGCUCGCGUGUACGGCAUGAACAACGUCCAAGCUGAGGAGCUGGUCGAGUUCGCAUCUGGCGUCAAGGGCAUGUGCAUGAACCUCGAGGCCGGACAAGUCGGUGUUGUGCUCUUCGGUUCCGACAGAUUGGUCAAGGAGGGCGAGACUGUCAAGCGUACCGGCGAGAUUGUCGAUGUCCCAGUUGGUCCUGAACUUCUCGGCCGUGUCGUCGACGCCCUCGGCAACCCGAUCGAUGGCAAGGGUCCACUCAAGACCAAGGAGCGCCGCCGUGCUCAGAUGAAGGCCCCUGGUAUCUUGCCUCGACAGUCUGUCAACCAGCCCGUCCAGACUGGCCUCAAGUCCGUCGAUGCCAUGGUGCCAAUUGGCCGUGGUCAGCGUGAGCUGAUCAUCGGAGAUCGUCAGACUGGCAAGACUGCUGUCGCUUUGGACGCCAUGUUGAACCAGAAGCGCUGGAACGACGGCACCGACGAGACCAAGAAGCUUUACUGCAUCUACGUUGCUGUCGGUCAGAAGCGAUCCACUGUCGCCCAGCUCGUCAAGACACUUGAGGAGCAGGAUGCCAUGAAGUACUGCAUCAUUGUGGCUGCCACGGCUUCCGAAGCUGCACCUUUGCAAUACCUGGCACCUUUCUCUGGAUGUGCUAUGGGAGAGUGGUUCCGCGACAAUGCGUCCCACGCAGUCAUCAUCUACGAUGAUCUUUCCAAGCAAGCCGUCGCCUACCGUCAAAUGUCUCUCCUGCUCCGUCGUCCACCAGGACGUGAGGCCUACCCUGGAGACGUUUUCUACCUCCACUCUCGUCUCCUCGAGCGUGCCGCCAAGAUGAACGACAAGUUUGGUGGUGGAUCGCUCACGUCUCUGCCUAUCAUCGAAACCCAGGGUGGUGAUGUGUCCGCAUACAUUCCAACCAACGUCAUUUCCAUCACCGAUGGCCAAAUCUUCUUGGAGUCCGAACUCUUCUACAAGGGUAUCCGUCCCGCCAUCAACGUCGGUCUUUCAGUCUCCCGUGUCGGAUCCGCCGCUCAGCUCAAGGCCAUGAAGCAAGUCGCUGGAUCUCUCAAGCUCUUCUUGGCUCAGUACCGUGAAGUCGCCGCGUUUGCUCAAUUCGGUUCCGAUCUCGAUGCUGCCACGAAGCAAACCCUGCAGCGUGGUGAGCGUCUCACGGAGCUUCUCAAGCAGAAGCAGUACCAGCCUAUGGCUGUCAACGAGAUGGUGCCUCUGAUCUUCGCCGGUGUUAAUGGAUACCUCGACAACCUUCCCGUUGACAAGGUGCUCAAGUGGGAGAGCGAAUUCUUGAGCCAUCUGAAGACCAACGAGAGCGCUAUUUUGGACCAGAUCAGCAAGGAGGGUGCGCUGAGCAAGGAGCUCGAGGGCAAGCUCAAGGACGUUGUGCAGAGUUUCCUCAAGAGCUUCUCGUAAAGCUAGACUAGUCCCUGGGAUGGGUCGUGUAUAGUAAAAAGGCACGCUUGAGCUCACAGACUAAAGAGAGAUGGAGCAAAAGCGCGGCCAGCAAGCGACGUGUUGCAUUGUAGAUAUGAUGCGAGAACUGUUUCCUUUGUCUGUGAGCGGCAUUGACACUACAUGAAUCGUCCAGAGACCCUUUUUUUUCAACAUCGGCGUCACUCGUGAGACUCGAAGCAGUCAGUCCAUAUGAUGCACGCAACAUACCUAGGUACACACGUGUAUCUACAUGCCUUGGC